CCUCGGUGACGACGUGAAGGAUGAUCCCAAACAUGAAGAGCUUGCUGCUAUGGCCUGCCCUGCUCUGUCUUUUACAGAGGGUAGAUCAGAGUCUGGUGAGGAAUCAUUUAAAAACCAAGGAUUAACUGAAGAAGUGCACCAAAAAGACCAAGACCAGGUGUCUGCUACGAAGAGAUUAGUGGUGCUGGGGAAAACUGGAUCUGGGAAAAGCAACCUGGCUAACACCAUAUUUGGAGAGCAUUUGUUCGAGACAUACUAUUCUGCCAACUCUGGAACACAUAAGUGUAAAGCAGUAACUAAAUGUGUCAAUGAAAGAACCAUUGCUUUUAUUGACACCCCUGGUUUCUUUGACACAGAAAGGCCUGAAGGUAAUCUGACCUCAGAGAUAAUGAGGUGUUUCACAGAAUGCGCUCCUGGGCCCCAUGCUUUUCUCAUUGUGCUCAAAGUGGAGAAAUACACAGAGCACGAGAAAGAUGUAAUUAAAAAGAUAUACAAGUGUUUCUCCAAAGAGGCUCUAAAAUAUGCUGUGGUCGUCUUCACUCAUGGUGACCAGCUCCCAGAGGGAAAGACGAUUAAGGAAUUUGUCAGUCACAACAAGAAUCUGGACGAGUUGGUGAAGAAAUGUGGUGGCCGAUGUCAUGUCGUUGAUAAUAAAUACUGGAAAGAUGACAAAGAGGGUGACUACAGGAGCAACCGUUACCAAGUGGCAGAGCUACUCAAGACAAUAGACAAGAUAGCUGAGGAAAACGAUAGAGAGUACUUCACCAAUGACAUGCUAGGAGACGUGAAGCGACAAAUAGAGACAGAAGAAGAGCACAUUAGACAGUCAGCUGGAUGUGAAAUGUCAGAGGAAGAGAUUACAAAGACAGCUAAAACCAGUGUGUUUAAGGAUUUGCUGACCAGAUACAGUGGUGUUUCAUCAGGUGUGCUGUUAGGAGCCUUCCUGAGUGUAGCAGGGAUGGUGAUGUCAAGACGUGUCUAGGAACUUUCAGAGUCAGCACCACCACCAUCAACAGGUGGAGGAACAGCAGCAGAAAGAGAUCAGAUUGGACUUAAAACAGCUGUAGCUAUGGAGUCUUUCAGGUCUCUACCAGACCAGGGGUGCAAACAGCAAAACACUAAAUAGAGAAAAGACAAUAAAAAGAGGAGAGCUUGAUGUUUUUGUCAUAGCAACUGUGGUGGAAUUAUUACCUUUACUAAAGUGGUGAGUAUGAAACUGGUCUAUAAUGUCUCAGGUAGUGCUUUACAAGGAAACUUAACAUGUGAUUAUUUAGCAAUGGUGUGGUGGGAGCAGCGCAAUAGUAGUUGGUUGUUACUUUUUAAAUAUUCCAGUUAUAGAUCCAAUCAAACAGCUAAACAAUUCUAAUGCUGACAUGAGCCAAUAAUUAGACUUUGAUAUGAGGAGUUUAUUGAAGGGUUAUCUAUGUAACCUUUUUAUACAUUAUUAAGUUUAUCUAGGAAGGAUGAGGACAUGUAAUAUGUGAUAACAUCUGAUCACUUUAUUGUCUUCUCUUGGUCUUUGUCUCUGUUUUUGAGCAUUUUUAACAACUGCAGUAAAAUAAGGUUUUAAUGUUGUGUGUCAUUUCUUAUUCAUUUGUUUCAUUUUCAUAUAAUUCUAUGUUUAUUGCUUUAUGUUAUACAUUAUUAACUCUAUCUAGGACAGAAUUUGAAUGUUGAAUGCUGGUCUGCACUAUGUAUAACACUUUGUUAAGAGUUAUUUUAAUUGUGGUUCGGUCUUCCUCAAACUCCACACUGUAAACUAGCAAAUGAAGAAUAAACAAA